AGACUCUUCAUAAACCGUCAACGGCAUCAACUCUCUGAAGUUCUACGAUGCUCUCCUCCUCCCAUCUCCUCCUCCUCCUCUUCCUCCCUCGGUCUCUGGGUUGUCAGACCGCCUCCUACACGGAGUGUCAGCAGGCUCCGUUUGUACCGGGUCACAACCUGGCUGGCGAAGGCUUCAACGUGGUGAUGAUGAAGACCAGUGGCGCCAGCGUGGUCGACGUCAAGAACUUCAUGGUCGGAGGAGUUCAGGGGAACUGCACCUUGUGCCACAACAACCUCCUCAACAAGACCCAGAAACUCCCUGCGUCAAUCCUGGACUGGCGGGUCAAGGUGCUAUGCCAUCGCAAGCUAACGCGUAAGAUCUUUGAGUCCAGCCAGUCAGUCAUGGAAGACACAAGCAAAUCCCUCGGAGUCAACUGGAAGGUGGGCCUCGGCAUUUCUGGACUCGGUGGUUUUGCAAUCGGAGGAUCACACUCCACCACAUCAAAGUUUGCAGAAAGCCACAGCAGGAAAGACAAGUUCUCCUUCGUCACCCACAACUUUGAAUGCAAAUACUACACCUUCCGUCUUCACACCCGCCCUCCACUGAGUAAGGAGUUUGAGGGUUCCCUAAAGAACCUUCCCCCCACCUACGACCCCAAGAACGCUGCACCUUUCCAACAGUUCAUCUCUAUCUAUGGGACCCACUUCAUCCGGCAGGUUCACCUCGGGGGUCAAGUGACCUCCAUCACCGCCAUCCGGACCUGCGAGGCCGCCAUGAGCAAGAUGGAUGUCCACACUGUUAGCAACUGCCUGUCUGUCGAGGCCGAAGCGGUCAUCAAAGGCAUCAAAUUCGACGCAGCCCUUGGCUUCUGCCGCAACAAGAGCAGCAGCCUAAAAACAGGAGCAACCUUCAGCCAGGCCUUCUCCGACCGGACCACCAUGGUUCUGGGAGGAGACGGGAAUGUGGGGGACAUCCUGUUCAGACCCAAUGGUGCCGCAGGGUACAAGAAGUGGCUCAGUUCCCUGAUGAGGGUCCCAGGUGUGGUGUCCUACGAAGUCAGCCCCCUGCACUUGCUGGUGACAAACAACUCCACCCUAAAGUCCAACCUAGGUCAAGCCAUCAGCGACUACAUCCGCAACAGUGCGAAGUCACUCCGCUGCCCGGCAGGAUGCAAGGUCGGCCACCAGAAACAGGACUGUGCAUGUCAGUGUAAAGGACACCGCAUGGUCAACUCCGACUGCUGCCCAGCCGAGACCGGCGUAGCCAAGCUGAAUGUGACGGUGGUUCGAGCUGAGGGGCUGUGGGGAGACUAUGUCACCAAGACAGACGGAUACGUUAAGGUUUUCUACAAUAAACAAGCUUACACAACACGAGUGAUCUGGAACAACGACUUCCCCGUCUGGAAUGAGCUCUUUCACUUCGAAACCGUCAACAUACGGGACAAAAAACCAAUCCGUUUUGAGGUUUGGGACCGGGACUACGGCUGGGACGACGACCUGCUCGGAAAAGCGGAAGUGGUGCCCACGACGUACCUCAAUACCAAGAAGUUUCCGAUGAACCACGGCUCACUGGUCAUCCAGCUGUCUGUUGUGUGUGCUCCCAGCCUGCAGGGGUCGCUGUGUGACCAGUACCUUGCUACGCCAAGCUACGAGGGCAUUAUGGGAUACAUGAAGGAAGACCGGCAGGACCACUGGGGUUCAGGGAAGUCGGGUCCUGAGGCUGAUGGGGCUCACGGCAGCUCCUUUCUUUGAAUUUCCUCUAAUCAAUACACCGCUGCCCUUCUUAAGAUUUGAUGUAUUUGCUGUUCUAGAUGUUUCAGUGCUUCUUCUUGCUUUUUGGCGCUACAGUGAUUUAUUAUUCGCUGUAAAUUGACACACACCAAUAAAACAAA